AGGCUGUUUUAUAGAAGCACUUUAAUUUGCUUGUAUAUAAAAAGGCCAUAGGUGCAAAACAUUCUUCGAGCAUACUCUCUCUUUUAUGAAUCAACCUUUUGCUCUUCUUUUCAGGCCCUCCAAUUCCAUAUGCAAUAAUAUUUUCACCAUUUUGAUUAGUUUUUGAGAAUGAGUAAAAUGAACUCUCCUGAGAAGAAUAAUGAGCAUAUGGUUGCAGAGAAAGGAGAUGAGAGCAGCAAAGGAGUUAUAACUAAAGGAAGAAAAUAUUCAGUAGUGAAAAUAUUCAGAUAUGGUGAUUGGGUUGAUGUGGUGCUGAUGGUGCUGGGUACAGUGGGAGCAAUAGGAGAUGGGAUGUCUACAAAUUGCUUGCUGUUGUUCGUUAGCCGUCUUAUGAACAAUUUGGGGUAUGGUCAGACCCAGCCGAAAAAUCAUGGGAAUAAUUGGAUGGACGAGGUUGAAAAGUGCAGCUUAGACUUUGUAUACUUGGGAUUAGCAGUAAUGCUGGUGGCUUUUUUGGAGGGUUAUUGUUGGAGCAAAACCAGUGAGAGGCAGGUGCUGAAGAUUCGUUACAAGUACUUGGAAGCUGUUCUAAGGCAGGAGGUUGGGUUUUUCGAUUCACAAGAAGCCACUACUUCGGAGGUCAUCAAUACUAUAUCAAAAGACACUUCUCUCAUACAAGAAGUUCUAAGUGAAAAGGUGCCAACAUUCGUUAUGCACUCCUCCGUUUUCAUCUCCGGCCUGGCCUUCUCCACCUACUUGUCAUGGAGACUAGCCUUGGUAGCAUUCCCCACACUACUUCUCCUAAUCAUACCAGGAAUGAUAUAUGGGAAGUACCUCAUGUACUUGUCGAAAAAAUCGUACAAAGAGUACGGAAAAGCAAACACAAUAGUAGAGCAAGCAUUGAGCUCCAUUAAAACUGUUUAUUCGUUCACUGCCGAGAGGAGAAUUGUGGACAGAUAUUCAGCAAUACUGGAGAGGACGAGCAGGCUGGGGAUAAAGCAAGGAAUUGCAAAAGGGUUGGCUGUUGGAAGCACGGGGCUUUCUUUUGCGAUAUGGGGAUUUCUUGCUUGGUAUGGGAGCCAUUUGGUCAUGUAUAAAGGCGAAAGUGGUGGGAGGAUUUAUGCGGCUGGCAUCUCUUUCGUAUUGAGUGGACUAUCCCUGGGAAUGGCACUUCCGGAUUUGAGGUACUUCACAGAAGCUGCUGUUGCCGCCACCAGAAUAUUCGACAGGAUUGACCGGAAACCCUUGAUUGAUGGUGAAGACACCAAGGGAGUAGUGCUAGACAACAUUAGAGGCGAGCUAGAAUUCAUUGAUGUCAAGUUUACAUACUCCUCUCGUCCCAAUUCGAUGGUCCUCAAAGAUUUCAACCUCAAAGUUGAAGCUGGGAGGACCAUUGCUCUUGUAGGUGCAAGUGGAAGUGGAAAAUCCACGGCAAUCGCGUUGCUGCAACGCUUUUACGAUGCGGAUGAUGGCGUUGUUCGUGUUGAUGGUGUUGAUAUAAGAACGCUUCAGUUAAAUUGGAUAAGAUCCAAAAUGGGACUUGUGAGCCAAGAACAUGCAUUGUUUGGGACAUCAAUAAAGGAAAAUAUUAUGUUUGGUAAGCUUGAUGCUAAUAUGGAUGAAGUCACAGCUGCAGCUAUGGCAGCCAAUGCUCAUAAUUUCAUAAGGCAACUGCCAGAGGGGUACGAGACCAAGAUUGGAGAGAGAGGAGCUCUUUUAUCUGGUGGACAAAAGCAGCGGAUAGCCAUUGCUAGAGCAAUCAUCAAGAACCCUGUGAUUCUCCUACUUGAUGAAGCAACAAGUGCUCUUGACUCUGAAUCAGAGGCUUUGGUCCAAAAUGCUCUUGAUCAAGCCUCCAUGGGAAGAACCACAUUGGUUGUUGCACACAAGCUUUCCACAGUUCGAAAUGCAGACCUAAUUGCAGUGGUGGGUGGUGGUUGCAUCAUCGAAAUAGGCUCCCACAACGACCUCAUCAACCGCCAAAACGGGCACUAUGCAAAGCUAGCAAAGCUGCAGAGGCAGCUCAGUGCUUUUGACAACGUUGAGCAAGAACAAAUUUCGGUGUCUUCAGUCAGUAGAAGCAGCGCUGGCCGGCUAAGCACGCCAAGAUCAAGCCCUGCACCAGCGUUUGCAAAAUCGCCAUUACCUAAUGAGACCCUACAACUUGUGUCACAUCCUCCGACUUCCUUUUACCGGCUUCUCUCUUUAAAUUCCCCGGAAUGGAAGCAAGGCCUAAUAGGAAGCCUCUCUGCCAUAGCGUUCGGGUCAGUUCAACCUAUCUAUGCCCUAACCAUAGGUGGCAUGAUAUCCGCUUUCUUUGUGCAAAGCCAUGAGGAAAUGCGCGCUAGAAUUCGCACAUACUCCUUGAUUUUCUGUGCACUUUCCUUAAUUUCCAUGACUUUGAAUCUCUUCCAACACUACAAUUUUGCUUACAUGGGUGAGCAGCUCACGAAAAGAAUCCGAUUACGAAUGCUUCAAAAGAUCUUGACUUUUGAAACGGCUUGGUUUGAUGAGGAGCAGAACUCGAGCGGGGCAUUGUGUUCGAGAUUGAGCAAUGAGGCUUCCAUGGUUAAGUCCCUCGUUGCAGACAGGGUGUCCUUAUUAGUCCAAACCACUUCAGCUGUCACAAUAGCCAUGAUCCUGGGGCUCAUCGUGGCAUGGAAGCUAGCACUCGUUAUGAUCGCAGUCCAACCACUCACGAUCCUUUGCUUCUACACCAAGAAAGUCCUGCUCUCUAGUCUCUCAGCCAACUUCAUCAAAGCACAAAACCACAGCACUCAAAUUGCAGUUGAAUCAGUGUACAACCAUAGAAUUGUGACAUCAUUCGGAAGCGUGGGAAAAGUACUUCAACUGUUCGAUGAGGCUCAGGAGGCACCGCGGAAAGAAGCAAGUAAGAAGGCAUGGCUAGCUGGGAUUGGAAUGGGGUCAGCUCAGUGCCUAACAUUUAUGUCAUGGGCAUUGGACUUCUGGUAUGGUGGUACAUUAGUGAAAAAAGGGCAAAUAUCAGCUGGGGAUGUGUUCAAAACAUUUUUCAUAUUGGUCAGCACUGGUAAAGUUAUAGCUGAAGCUGGAAGCAUGACUUCUGAUUUGGCCAAGGGUUCGACUGCAGUUGCAUCCGUGUUUGAGAUUCUUGACCGGCAUUCACUAAUUUCAGGCUCUAAUAAUGCUGGGGACGGAGAUAGUAAUAAUGGAAACGGGAUCAAAUUGGAGAAAGUGACUGGAAGGAUUGAAUUGAAGAAGGUUGAUUUUGCAUACCCCAGCAGGCCAGAGACAUUAGUGCUGCGCCAAUUUAGCUUAGAGGUGAAGCCAGGCACAAGCACUGGACUUGUUGGGACAAGUGGAUGUGGAAAAUCAACUGUGAUUGGAUUGAUACAAAGAUUUUAUGAUGUAGAGAGGGGAUCAGUGAAGGUGGAUGGGGUUGACAUAAGGGAUCUAGAUAUUCAAUGGUACCGGAGGCACACGGCCCUUGUUAGUCAAGAGCCGGUGAUAUACUCUGGUACCAUCCGAGACAACAUCGUGUUUGGGAAACUUGAUGUGCCAGAAAAUGAGGUCACAGUAGCUGCCAGAGCCGCCAAUGCGCACGAAUUUAUCUCGUCACUUAAGGAUGGGUAUGACACUGAGUGCGGCGAAAGAGGGGUGCAGCUAUCAGGAGGACAAAAGCAAAGGAUUGCAAUUGCAAGAGCAAUACUUAGGAAUCCAACCGUAUUGUUGCUAGAUGAGGCAACAAGUGCACUUGAUGUGCAAUCAGAGCAACUUGUGCAGGAAGCAUUAGAUCGCAUUAUGGUUGGAAGGACAACAAUUGUGAUAGCACACAGGCUCAACACCAUAAAAAACCUAGAUAUGAUUGCAUUUGUUGCAGAUGGGAAGGUGGUGGAAAAAGGCACAUAUGCUCAGCUCAAGCAAAAGCGUGGUGCGUUUUUUAACCUUGCCACGUGCCAGAGAUAGGUAAAUGUAAAUAAGUUUUAACUCUGCAAGUGCAAUGGUGCAAAAUGUUGGCCUCAACUCAGCUCAAGUGGUUAUGGAAGAACCUUGUUUAUGUAAGGGUUUGUUUAUCAGUGAGGAAUUGUUGGCUCUUAGAUAGGAAGUUGUUCCUAAGGCCAAAUGUAAUAGCUUUGGUGCCAAAUAAAUAAUAAACAAUAUAUGCUAAUUUUAUUAUUGGAUUUUUCUUUUUUGCGGGUUAUAAAA